AAUGCCGGAAGCAGAGCUCGGGUUUCGCGGGCUGGAGCAGGGGUGGCUAUGGGCGCUGCGCGGUGCGCCCCGUGCCCCCAUCGCGGACGACGGGCGGGGACCCGGGGUCCCUUGGCGGGCCUGGCGUGCGCGCCGCCGCGGCUGGUAUUGAAGGCGUUGCAGUUCGCCCUCAGCGCUCGGGCGUUCGGCGGUGAGGAGGGAACCUACCUCCACAGUCCGGAACGGUUUGUCCCCGACACGGGGGAGUAAAGCGCUGACACGCUUUGGAUGCCGGCUGCGUGCGCGCUCACAGAAAGCUAAAGCAUGCUGAUACCAGUUUCAAUGAAGAAUUGCUUCCAGUUACUUUGUAACCUCAAAGUCCCAGCAGCUGGUUUUAAAAACACAGUAAAAAGUGGGCUCAUUUUACAGUCAGUUUCCAAUGAUGUUUACCAUAAUUUGGCUGUAGAAGACUGGAUCCAUGACCAUAUGAAUCUAGAAGGCAAGCCAGUUCUUUUCAUUUGGAGAAAUUCUCCCUCUGUUGUCAUUGGUAGGCAUCAGAAUCCUUGGCAGGAAUGUAAUCUGACUCUGAUGAGAGAAGAAGGUAUAAAACUGGCUCGAAGAAGAAGUGGAGGAGGAACAGUCUACCAUGAUAUGGGAAAUAUCAAUUUGACUUUUUUUACAACCAAAAAAAAGUAUGACAGGAUGGAAAAUCUAAAAUUAGUUGUGAGAGCUCUGCGUGCUGUCCAACCCCGGCUGGAUGUGCAGGCUACCAAAAGAUUUGACCUCGUACUUGAUGGACAGUUUAAGAUCUCAGGAACAGCUUCUAAGAUUGGCCGGACUACUGCUUAUCACCAUUGCACUUUAUUGUGUAGUACUGAUGGGACCUUCUUGUCAUCUUUGCUGAAGAGCCCUUACCAAGGGAUCAGUAGCAAUGCCACUGCCAGCAUACCUUCCUUAGUAAAAAAUCUCCUGGAAAAAGAUCCCAGUCUGACCUGUGAAGUACUGAUGAAUGCUAUUGCUGGAGAGUAUGCUGCUCAUCAUCAAAUUGAUAAUCACAUUAACCUAAUAAACCCAACAGAUGAGACACUGUUUCCUGGAAUAAAUAGCAAAGCCAAAGAGCUGCAAACCUGGGAGUGGAUAUAUGGCAAAACUCCAAAGUUUAGUAUAAAUACUUCCUUUAAUGUGUUAUAUGAACAGUCACACUUAGAAAUUAAAGUAUGUGUAGACAUAAAGAAUGGAAGAAUUGAAAUCUGUAAUAUUGAAGCACCUGAUCAUUGGUUGCCACUGGAAAUAUGUGACAAAUUAAAUUCAAGUUUUAUUGGCAGUAAGUUUUGCCCAGUUGAAACGACUAUGCUAACAAGUAUAUUACAUAGAACAUGUCCAGAAGACAAUGAACUACACAGUAAAUGGAAUAUUCUUUGUGAAAAGAUUAAGGGAAUAAUGUGAUUCCAAGUAAAUUUCUUAAUAUUGACAGCUUCAAUGAGAAAAAUAAAAAUUUUAAUGUGCA